AGUUUUUCAGGCAGAUUUACGGCAAGACCAGAAAGCACAUGUGUUUUCGUCGCGUGGAACUUGUGUCUGGCACCUAACUUCAGCAGCUAGGUUUAUUUGUUGUACACAGGUGAUCUUGGAAAAUGUCUUUCCGAGGAGGAGGUGGAAGAGGGGGCCGUGGUGGUGGAUUCAAUCGUGGUGGAGGUGGAAGAGGAGGUGGAUACGGUGGUGGUGGCGGUGGAGGAUACGGAGGUCGAGGUGGUGGAGGUGGUUUUCGAGGUGGUGGACGAGGAGGUCGAGGAGGCUUCCAAGACUAUGGCCCUCCAGAAUAUGUUGUUGCUCUAGGAGAGUUCAUGCACCCCUGUGAGGACGAAAUUGUGUGCAAGUGUGUAACCGAGGAGAACAAGGUUCCCUACUUCAAUGCGCCCGUGUACUUGGAGAACAAGGAGCAGAUCGGUAAAGUGGACGAAAUCUUCGGUCAACUACGGGACUUUUAUUUCUCUGUUAAACUCUCUGAUAAUAUGAAGGCAUCCUCAUUCAAGAAACUACAGAAGUUUUAUGUAGACCCAAUGAAGCUCCUACCACUCCAGAGGUUCCUUCCAAGGCCCCCUGGUGAGAAGGGUCCCCCGAGAGGAGGAAGAGGAGGCAGAGGAGGAAGGGGGGGUCCCCGCGGAGGCGGAUUCCGUGGCGGCAGAGGUGGCGGCGACCGUGGCGGUUUUGGCAGGGGAGGUUUUGGUGGUGGACGAGGAGGUGGAGGAUUCCGAGGAAGGGGCGGCGGCGGUGGACGAGGAUUCCGAGGGGCAAGAUGAUGGCUACACCGCAUCAGGGAAUCCUCAGUUUCACUACCGUCGGAAACAGAUUGGUGCAAUGUGAUGCCUGAGCUUGGCUCAUUUGGACUUGGAGAAAGGCAUUGCAUCUUUUUUUAUACUGCUCAGCUGUCAAUUCGUUUUUUAUUUUUAAAAAGUGUACACAAAUCUCAGAAUGAUGUGUGAAUUGCUGGCUUUUAUUUGAAUUCCCUUUAAUUCCACACUUCUCACCGGGAACAAUGUCGAAAUAGCCCUGUUUAUGCAACUCUUCAGCGUUGUUCACACUGGAUUGUUUUUGCGUCUGUGUUGAUGUCCUGUUUUUAUGCUGUUGGAAUGAUUUGGAGCUCAGUUAGAUGUUGAUAAACAUGGUCAGUGUUGAUAAAUGA